GAAGAUUUCCGUUAAUACUCGGCGGACAGCGGAACGUGAUGAGGAGCGCUGCAAAGCGGCUGUUGUCAGCUCGCACAACCAUCGCUCACCAAUCUGCAGCAGCCACGACAGGCGCCGGCUGUUGCUCCCUGCUGUCUGGUGUGAAGAGCCUGUACUUGCACUGGCCCUUCUGCGCUGGUAUCUGCCAUUACUGCGAUUUUAACAAGUUCAAGGCGCCCAGGAACGGCGGUCGCGAUGGCGUCGUGGAGCAACUCGAACAGGCAAUGCUGCAGUGCGCGUCAGACCACUUUAGCCGGCACGAAGAGGAGUGCCAGGUGCAUUCUGUGUUCUGGGGCGGAGGGACACCAUCCUUAGCAAGGGCAGAGUUUAUAGCAGAGCUUCACAGCCGCUUGCCCCUCUCUACCGCGACCGAAGUCACGUUGGAGGCCAACCCGACCGCGGGCAUUGCUCCCACGCUCACCGCGCUUCACCAAGCCGGCAUCAACCGACUCUCGAUUGGCGUGCAGUCGUUCCGAGACGCCGACCUGAAGGUGCUUGGACGUCAACAUUCGUAUAAAGAUGCAAUCAAGAGCAUCGAAGCUGCCACCAGCAUAUUUGGAGAAAACAACGUCUCUAUUGACUUAAUGUAUGGUUUACCAGGGCAAACGGUGGCCGCAUGGGAUGAAGUCCUGGAGCUUGCACUGAGUUUCAACCUCGGCCAUAUGUCCCUGUAUGAGCUGACAAUCAAGCCUAACACUCGCUUCCACAAGCUCCAACAAGCUGGAAAGUUUCAUCAUGAGCCGCUCGAGGAUCUGUACUUCCACGCCGCCAACAAGCUGGUGAGCCGUGGGUAUGACCAUUAUGAGGUCAGCAACUACUGCAAACCGGGGCGGGAAGCGCAGCACAACGUGCAUCACUGGCAAGGCGGCGAGUAUGUUGGCAUUGGACCAGGGGCAGUGGGUCGAUACACACGCAACAGCGAGGUGGUCCUCGCUGAACCAUACAUGAAACCAAAGGAUUGGAUUGCAUCUGUGCGCCGUGGCGAGCGAGGCGUCGAGUCCUACACACCGAUGCCCAGCGAUGAAGUGAUGGCAUACACACUGGCGACUGGGCUGCGGAUGCGAUGUGGGGUGUGUCUGCAGCACUUCGGCGCGCGAUUUGGCCCGGCCCUGACCACGGCGCUCACUUCCUCUCCGCUUGCACGGCAGCUGCUGGAGCUCGGGUACGUUGACGUCGUGGAUGGCGCAGGCAACACAGGUGGUGAGGGCCGUGCCUUUGGGGGUGGAUCGUCACGGCAGCGGCUCGUGCCGACGGAGAAGGGGAUGGCAGUCGGAGAUGCUGUGCAGGAACAGCUGUGCACUGCUGUAUUUGACGUGUUCGCGCAUGCUUGAACUCAACGCAACUUAUUCAAG